UUUGAGAGACGUUCAUGAAUUCUUAUGAUAUUUUGAUAUCAGCUCUCUAGGCCGACAAAGGAAAACGGAAACUAUAAGAAGGCCAGCACUGCGAGCAAACGUUUAUGCUUUGCAGUAUUUAAGGACUGUCAUGAGCUCCCUUAUCAGACGUCUGCCAGAUCCUAAGAUGAUCUUCAAGAAAAGUGUUUGCAAAUAUUUCGGUGUUGAUGAACAGAAUGGUGAAGAAGCUUGGAGAGAAAAUGCUGAUCGAAAAUACAAAAGGAAUGGCGAAGGAAUUUACGAAAAGUCGGGCAGUUUUAUAAACGAUAAACCUCUCAAAUUAUUACGCGAGCCAGUCAGUCUGAUUCGCGGAAAGCUCAGUCUAAUUAAUAUAGAUGACGGAAAGAAUAGCAGUCUCACUAGUGGAAAAGUUAUCAAUUUAGAUUGCGAAAAGAAUCUUAGUUUAAUUAGCAAAAAUGUAAUCCCUUCAACGAGCAAAAAUCGUACUAAUUUAAUUUGUGAAAAGAUGGUCAGUUUAGCAUACAAAAAAGAUGUCAAUUAUAAUUGCGAAAAUCUAGCCGAUUUAUCACUCGAAAAGCCUGUCUAUCUAAAGAGUAAAAUGAUAGACGAUUUAGUAUGCGAACGGGAUGUCAAUCUAGAUAGCGAAACGAUCGAUAUCUCAUGCGAAAAAAAUGCCAACGUUGCUACUGAAACGGAAGUCAUUUCAGCAAACGAAUUGUAUCCAAGUUUAACUUAUGAAAUGGUGUUGAGUAUACUAUGCGCGAAUGAUAUCAAUCUGACUCACGAAAAUGUUAGCAAUUUAGCAUGUGAAAAUAAUCUCAACGGAUCCUGCGAAAACGCUAUUAAAUUAGCGGGUGAAAAUAAUCUCAAUCGAACUUGUGAAAAUAUUACCAAUUUAGCAUGCGAAAAUAAUCUCAAUGGAACCUGCAGAAACUCUACCGCUUUGGUAUGCGAAAAUAAUCUCAAUCUGUUUAACGGGAACGUAAUCGAUUUAGCAUGCAAAAAAAAUCUCAAUCUAAAUAGUGAAAACGUAAUUAAUUUAGCCUGUGGAAAGAAUGCUAAUCAACCAUGUGCAAAGACUAUCAACAAUGGCAUUGUAAUUUAUCCUAGAGUAGGAAGCUUCCUAGAAUAUAAGAAAAAAGCAGAAAAAUCGAUUAAAUACCCAGUUUUAAAAAGCAUCCUCAAAUGUGAGAGAAAUAUUGAACAAACAAAGAAAAAGAAAGUGAGAUUUAACAGACUAAAGUAUUUUGAUGAUGGCGAGACGCAAGCGACUGAAGCAUCGAAGAAAAAGAUGGGAAGAAGAAAAAAAAGGUGCAAUUUUUGUGAAGAUGACGAGAAGGAAGAAGAUGAAAUCCUGAAAAAGUGGAAAGGACUUCAAUUCCUACCAAGUAUAUUUAUUUUGUGUUCGAAACAAGCAUAAACAGAAAAAGAAAAAGCAGAAAAUAAG